AUGUUCAAGUACAUUGGUACAUUGCAGUGUGUCCACAACAUUCUACAGGAGUUCUCAUUGACCUGGCAGGCCAUCGGGACAUACAAAUUGUCCGACUUGCUGCAAAUCACGCACGAGGGGCGCCAGACAGAUUGGGGAUUUGGCGCAUCAGCAGCCAUCAAAGCGUUGCGUUGGUUACAGAAAACUUUACAAAUUCCGGCUUGGAGUACUUUGCAUGGACCAGUUGUCAAUUCAUUUUUGAAUCCAAAAAUUCAUGAACGUAAGGAAGCCAUUCCUUUGAGCCUAUUCAUCGUCACACAGUGGGAACGACGAUUACUGAUGAAGGACUGUCCUUUACAGGAUCAGGUCGUUCUGGGUGGCUUCCUUUGUAUGCUGUGGGCAGGCCUGAGAUUCUCAGAUGGACAGCGCAUCAACUUGCAAUCAUUAUCAUGGUGCAUCACGGCACUGCGUGGCUCAUGCUUUCAGACUAAAACAACUAAAUCCGGCCAACCUUGGGCCCUGCAGGCGAGGGGUUUCCUGUCUCGAGGCGAUUGGUCAUGGACAGCUCAGUGGUUGGUGGCGCUGGAUACCAUUUGGGGACCUAUGCACAACGCUCAGACUGCCGGUGAUUUUUUGCUUCCCAUGACAUUGGACACUGGAUUUGUGCAGCCUAUGAUUCCCAUGAGUUACUCUCAAGCAUUGAAGUGGAUGCGAUUUAUGUGCACACUGCCCUGGAAACUUUCAGACACACCAAUGUCUGCCAAUCCAAAUGAUUACACGUUGCAUUCAUUGAAGACCACUACUUUGUCUUGGUCCAAUCAGUUGGCCCAGCAGGGCCUCGUGACGGAGGAGCAGCGACACCUCCAAGGCCACCAUCGACGUGGCAGCAUGCGCCUCUACAGCCGGGAUGACACCGCCGGCCAGCUGGCACUGCAGGACACCCUCAUCACCCAAGUGCAAUCUGGAUAUCGAUUUGUGACACCGUUGCAUCGUGGAUCACAGCAACCGAUCCGUGAACCCCCAGUCAAAUUAGAAAGCUUUGCCAAGUCAUACCAAGAGCACCGAUGGGCAUUUUUUCCAUUCAACAAUGCUGUCAAAGACCCUCUGUUGAAAGGUCAGCCAACGGCACUUGCCACCAUUGACUCAGGGGAUGAGAUCACAGUGGAAAGAUCAUGGUCUGAAUCUUUCGCCCCCAAGCUUCAGGCGAACACAGUUUCGAAAUUGAAGAAACAAUUUUUGGAAGACUAUCCAUCAGAGGUCCUUAGCCCAGACACGAUGCCCAGUUCUCGCUUGCUUUCAAUGGCGUUUCAGCAUCAUAGCAAACGUGAGUAUCCAUGGAUCCCUUGGCGUUAUCGAAUGUCACAAUCCAAAAUGGAUGAUAUGGUGAUUUACCAUAAGCCCAAAGUCCCCCGCAUUGAGGGUCUUCAAUUACACCAGUUGUUGCUGGACGAACCUCCGGCCUUGGACAUCAACAACACUGGGAUGGGCGUGAACGCAAUCCGCAACAUGAUGGAUAUUCACAACACUGCGAUGGCAUUAGUGGGAGCAUGUCAUCUCCAACGAUUGCGGGCAUACUCAUUACGCUUCAUGAGCUUCUUGACCCAGCGUUUGGACGGAGAUUCUGGACUCCGGACGCCGAACGUACUGGAGGCACAGGCAGCAGACAAACAACUAUGGAAUCUGAUUCACGAAUUGGUGUUGGAUCAAGGAUUUACAUUGGACAACGCCUUACAUGAGGUGACUCACCUGAGGGCGGACAUGGCCUCCCUUUUGCAGCCAAGAGCCAAGGUCACCUCACGACCUAUGGGUUCAACCUCAUCUUCGGCCUCGACCACUACAGCCCCCAAGGGCAAGAGUAAGGGAAAAGGCAAAUCCAAAUCCAUUGGCAAGAACACCAGAGGCGAAGCUCAAGGACGACCAACUUGGGUGACAGAAGCAACGAUUCAGGGCAAGAAGCAGCAGCUCUGUAUGCAAUUCCAAUCUGGUCGCUGUCAGAAGGGUGAUCUCUGCAAGUUUGGCCACUUCUGGGCCGCCCCAAACUGUGGUGAGUACAGCCGACUCAAACUGAAGCCUCAUGGACCACCAGCAUUGCGGACACCUGAGUUUAUGCAAGGCCUUCCUGGUCUCACUCCAGCCCAACUUGACCGAGUCCAAGCGAGCUAUGAACUGAUGACCCGAUGCGUUUUGUGCUUGGAAUUGGUUUACUCUGCAGGAUCCAUUUGCAAUCACCCCAAAGACUCCCAUGAACCCAUUUCUGGCGUUCGACAUGCGGAUGGAACCUUUAAGAGCCGCGACACUGCUGAAUACCCGGAACCAAUGUGUGCGGCGAUUGCCAACUUGAUUGCACCACUCUGCGCUUCUGACACUGGUCACCAACUGACAUGGACAACAGUACAACAAUGCAUCCCUGUGAAGGGUUCUUGUGAUUUUCCGGUGAGUUAUGAAGAUGGUGGUGGCCUCAACUCUGAACCCGAUUGGAGUCGUCCACAUCGGGCUACUCCUGACAGCUUGAAGCAACUUCGACAAGACUGGGUUCAAUUGAUCCUUCACAAUGGGAUGCUGGACAAAAUGCAAGCGUUUUUUCGGGCCCAUGAAGCCCAACCACCCUUUUCUGCAGAAGACUUGGCUCCAUUUCGACACUCCAUGGAACGUUUUAUACAAUCUCAUGGCAUGAUUGCAGACUGGAGCAUUCGCAUGGACCAACCCAUGCACCUUGAGAUUAUGGCGGCCAUUUCAAGAAUUAUGCAAGACAAGGACAAUUCCCUGUUUGAUAUGUUACGACAUGGAGCUCCGACAGGAAUCCAAUCGGAUAUCCCACCUUCAACCAUUUUUCCUCGUGCCGAAGACAAAGCAGAUGAUUCCAUCCCUUUAUCCAUCCACAUGACGAACUGGCAAUCUGCAGAAUCAGACUUGGAGACCACUCGUGAUUUGGUCAACCAAGAGCUGGAAAAGGGAUGGAUCUACGAGUACCAUGGCACCUUGGCCGAUGCACAAGCAGAAUUUGGGGACAAGUUAGCCAUUGGACGUCUCGGCCUUGCUCUCAGCGAUCAUCGGCCCCCUCGAUUAGUUGUUGACUCAUCAAUAUGCGGCCUAAACAGUCGGUGCUCCAUACCGGAGCGCACGACAUUGCCGAGUGCAUUGGACGUUAUGCGGGUAUACCCAUUGAGGGAAACCCAAGAACAAUUGGUGGGAUUUUCGCUCGACAUCAAAUCCGCCCACAAGCUUGUUGUCAUUCGAACAGAAGAACGCGGCCUAUUAGGCUUUACACUCGAUAACAAGAUAUACUUUUACAAAGUAGCCCCCUUCGGCGCUACCUUUAGCGCAUAUCACUGGACACGUGUGGGGAGCUUUAUAUUGAGGUUUUUCCACCACCUCCUGUGGUGGAUCCACGCCGGAUUCCUGUACGUUGAUGACUACUUAUUCCUUUUUCCUCAAUCAGUAGCAUUGAUCAUGGCUUGUGAGCUCUGCAUAGCUUCACAAAUUUUGAACAUUCCUAUCUCCUGGCGGAAAUCUGAAUUUGGUGCUCGGAUUCACUGGAUUGGCUGGCAAUUUGAGAUUACAUCUGGGUACAUAGCCCUACCUCUUGUGAAACUGGAAAAACUGCGCAACUACAUCACACAGAUGAUACGAUCUUCUCGUACCUCAAAGAAGGCAUUGGAGAAGUUGGUUGGGCUACUGAAUUGGGUGACUCAGAUUUUUCUGCUCAUGCGAUGCUGGCUUCCAAUAUUAUACAAGGACCUUUUCCAUGUUCCUGCAAGUCAUUUUAGCAUCGACCCAGGCCAUUGGCGUAAUGUCAUGGCUUGUCUGGACAAUGAUUUGAAAUUUACCAGUGCACCCACAGGCACUGGUAUACCUGUAGGCAGCACUUUGUUGGCCAUUCGCCAUCAAAACGUUUCCUCCCUGUCGGAUCUCAACAAUAUUUAUCUUUCUGAAAGACGCACAUGGCUUCGCAUUCGAGAUAUGCAAUCGUCAAAGCGAUGCUUAUCAUCAGACUCCAUACGGAUUCUGCAUAUGUUUUCAGCCUGGUUACAGUCACUCUCCCUGGUGAAAUGUCUCAGGCCAAAACAACUUUGGACUGGCGAGUGCGCAGCUGACGCAUGUGCUCAUGGCGAUACUUGCCAAAUCGGCGGAUUCAUUCGUUUUCCUUCUGGCACCGCAGUUUGGUUUAGUGAAACCUUUUCCUAUGCAAAAUUUGAAUCCAUGCAUAUUCCUGUCAGCAAAGAAAUGCAGAAAUGUAUCGCUUGUUUUGAGACCUUGGCACAAAUGGCAAUACUUUUUAUUUUCAGCCGCAGCUCCCCUGGAUUUCGAUAUCCCUUACGUAUACCUUCCUUGACUGAUAACACUGGAGCAGAAGCGGGCGGCAACAAAUUAUUUUCGAUGUCAUCUCCGAUGAACCUUUUUCUCGAAAAGCUGACUCUGUUAUGUACCUUCUCCGGCAUGGAACUUGACCUUUCUCAUAUUUCUGGCGAACGAAAUGAAGAAGCAGAUGCACUGAGUAGGUGGAACGAAUCCACACCACCACCUUUUCAACACCUAUUGCAAAAUCGAUUUCCACUUACACUGGAACAGCUGUGGCAUCCAGAGACUUCAGUUGCGGUAUAUCCUCCAGAGACCUUUUUAGCUUGGCAACUCCCAUAG